AGCAGCUGAAGCGGAGAAGAAGAAAGGUUCCUGGCCGGUGGUAUUUGGCUGUUGCACAUGGCUGAAGGCGCCGCGUGAGGAGCUGUCUGCAAGCAUCACACAGUGGAACAGGUGAACCAUCGGCCUGAGGUUGGUCGGUUCGGUCCAGCUGGUACCUGGUCCCACAGCGGGACAGGGAGCUGGGCCUCUGCCAGGACAGUCCCGUUUUUAACCCGGGCUAACUGGCCCACACUAGCCCGGCUCUGCUAGCGACACCUCAGCUAACAAGUUUUUAGGAGGAGAAAAACAAGUAGCCAGCUGUGAUGGCCAAGCUUCAGGGCUUUGAGUUUUGGAGGAAGACCUUGAAGGAGGCCCGUUUUGUGGUAGCGCCCAUGGUGGACCAGAGCGAGCUAGCCUGGCGUCUGCUGAGCAGGAGGCACGGUGCUCAGCUCUGCUACACUCCAAUGCUGCAUGCGCAGGUAUUUGUCCGGGAUGCCAACUACAGGAGGGACAACCUUUACAAUGAAGUCUGUGAGGAAGACAGACCUCUUAUCACUCAGUUUUGUGCCAAUGAUCCUGAGGUGUUCCUUCAGGCUGCCCUGCUGGCCCAGGACUACUGUGAUGCUAUUGAUCUCAACCUGGGCUGUCCACAGAUGAUAGCUAAGAGAGGACACUAUGGCGUUUUUCUACAAGACGAAUGGGGAUUGUUGGAGAGGAUGGUGAGUUUAGCCAAUGAAAAGCUCUCUGUGCCAGUCACCUGUAAGAUCAGAGUCUUCAGCGAGGUCGAGAAAACGGUCCGCUAUGCUCAGAUGCUCGAGAAAGCUGGAUGUCAGUUGCUGACAGUACACGGCAGAACCAAAGAUCAGAAGGGAGCCAUGACAGGGAUCGCUAGUUGGGAGCACAUUAAGGCCGUCAGGAAAGCGGUAAAUAUUCCAGUGUUUGCGAAUGGUAACAUCCAGCAUUUGAGCGAUGUCGAGCGCUGCAUUCAGGAAACAGGAGUGCAGGGGGUUAUGAGUGCAGAGGGGAACCUCCAUAACCCGGCGCUGUUUGAGGGCCGCAGCCCCCCAGUUUGGGAAAUGGCAGAGGAAUAUCUGGAGGUGGUAAAGCAAUACCCUCCAUGCUCGCUGUCCUACAUACGAGCUCACCUCUUCAAGCUCUGGCAUCACACGCUGCAGAUCCACCAGGACCUGAGGGAGGAGCUGGCAAAGGUGAAGAACCUGGAAGGUUUAGCCGAUGUUAGCACACAGCUGAAGCAGCGCUGCCAGGAGGAGAUUUCUGAUGGGAAGGAUGGGGAAGAGAAAGAAGGAGGUCUGCCUUUCCCUCACUGGAUCUGCCAACCAUACGUCAGACCAGUGCCCAAGCCGCCAGUGACCAACGGCACCUGUCAGGAGUCCAAGGUGAGGAGCACUGGGUGUCAGAAAAGAGCCCUGGAGGACUCAGACAGAGCAGCUGAUGGCCUGUCCAAAAACAAACAGAAAAAAAGAUCCCGCAACCCCACCAAAAACUUCUGCCCUGAGCUCAAACCCAAAUACCUCAAAUGUGAACAGUGUGGAAACCCAAAGGGAAAUAAAUGUGUUUUCAACCUGUGUCGAGGCUGCUGUAAGAAGAAGGCUUUUAAAGAGGUGGCAGAUUGUCCAAGCCAUGGGCUGAGGUUCAAGACCAAAGCAGAGAAACUGAAAGCUGAGGCAGAGCAGCUGAAGGACAGUGGUCAGACAGAGGGCUCGGUGAUGGAGCCUGACAGAAACAACCAAACUCCUCAGGCGGUCCCAGCUUCCUGUAUGACGCUGAAGGAGCAGGCCCAGGCUUAGCUGCUGCUCACAUCAGGACCAAGACUGUCUGAACACACAAAGCAGCUGGGAGGGCUCCGAGCUGUCCCAGCAGGGUUCUGUUUUUCUGCUCUGUGAAAUCUUUUCAGGUACAUAACAUCACAUUCCAACCAUGUUGGUUUCAUCUGAAAUGUUUUAUUUGGGAAACUGAAGAGAGGCGUGACGACCUGGUAACCUUAGAGUUUGCUACAGGCUUUUUAUGGAAUUAAAGAUGGUUGGUUUAUGAAAACUGUUUCUCAUCUGAAUUGUGUGUGAGUCAACAGGAAGAGAUUGUUACCUGACAAACUUUACCAGGUCACUCAAAUGAUGAGAUGCAGACUGUUUCUUAUUCAACAUUUUGAUAUGAAAGAGGGGAUGGCUGCAUCUCAACCCACAGCUUGCUAAGACUGUUAAGAACCGAGCUGCUCCUCUUUAAGUCAUUGCUAAUAAAGCUACCUGUCUGCUGGGAAGAGUCAGAGCUGUUAUGAAAUUGAUCUUUUAUAUAAAAAAAAAGCUUUAUUUCCCUGUU